UAUCAUUUGUUGAGAAAAUGUGACUUUUAUUGCAAUUAAUUGUUAUUAUAAUUAAGUUUCAAAUGAUUUGUUGAUUGAGUCAAAGAAGUCUUCAAUUAUUGAUCAAACCAUUGACGGCUAAGAAGGCCUUCAAAUGUCUUUGGAUUUGGUAACAGAACUCUUUGGACACAACGACAGGGUUUGGUGCGUGCGAUGGCAUCCGAGUGGACACACUCUGGCCUCUUGUGGCGCCGAUAAGACCAUCAGAUUGUGGGCCAAAGAAGGCAAUGUCUGGAGAACUAAAUACAUCUUGAGUGAUGGACACCAGAGGACUAUCCGAGCGAUCGCGUGGUCACCGACGGGUCAGUACUUGGCCUCCGCCUCCUUCGACGCGACCACAAGUGUUUGGCACCGAAAGGAAGACUCGGAGGAAUGGGAAUGCGUUAUAAGUCUUGAGGGACACGAGAAUGAAGUGAAGAGUGUCUGUUGGUCUCAGUCGGGGAAGUAUUUGUCGACCUGUAGUCGCGAUAAGACUGUUUGGAUUUGGGAAGUGAUUGACGGAAGUGGUGGCAGUGAUGGCAACGAAGAGUUUGAGUGCGCGUCUGUUCUCACGGAUCACUCGCAAGAUGUGAAGCGAGUGGUUUGGCACCCGAUUCAAGACGUGUUGGCCUCUUGUGGUUACGACAACACCGUUAAGCUAUACAAAGACGACGGCGACGACUGGAUCUGUUGUGCGACUCUUAGUUCACACGAGUCUACCGUUUGGGGCAUUGCUUUCGACUCGACUGGCGAGCGGUUGGCCUCCAGUAGUAGUGAUAAGACUAUUAAAAUAUGGCAAUCAGUUAAUAAUGACAUAACGAACUGGAAGUGUGUGUCCACUCUCUCUGGUUUCCACAGUCGACCCGUUUAUGACAUUUCGUGGUCUCAUAUCUCGGAUUACAUACUGACGGCCGGCGGAGACGACACUAUCAUUGUCUUCAAAGAAGACCACAUCCAAAGUUGCGGUGAUUUUAGUGACAAAACAUUUCAGAGGUUUUCUGUGGUUCUUAAGCACGAAAAGGCCCAUCAAAUGGAUGUCAAUAGUGUUGACUGGAAUCCUAAAAUCAAUGGCAUAUUUGCCACAUCUGGUGAUGACUGUUCCGUCAAGAUAUGGAAAUUCACACCACAAGAGUUGUGA